GAUCCCGACAUGUAUCCAAGACUCAGCUCUCACCAUGGCUGGCGAGUGCAGCUGGACACCACGGCUUUGGCGUGUUUGUGGAGGUCAGGGCAAGGGUGGUAUCUUGGUCCGCCGCGGAGCAGGUCUCGAGUCCCUUGUCUACUCAGACCGCUUGUCCACCAACGCAGUGGUUCGUGAGCUCCGCAUGGAAGGACAUCGUCUACAGUACUGCUUAGUCGAAGGAUUCGGUCCUCGAGAGGGCUGGGUAAGUAUCCGUAUCAAAGAUGCUGUUUUGCUUCUUCAAGAACCUCUAGCAGCAGAAAACACUGCUGUGAAAGCAGCUGCAGCGAGUUUUAAACCGCGCAUCUAUUCUUCGAAGGACCUCAACGGAAAGGCAGAACUUGACACGUCAUGGAGUCCUGUAGAGAAGGCGCUCUUCUACCAAAGUUGUGGAAGAUGGGAUCCAGAUCAGCUUCGAAGCCUUCGCGGCCCGGUGAAAGCUGCCGGGCCCUUGGUGCCGAAGCCAAAGAAGGUCUCUGUGCUGACGCCAACAUCUCGAACACGGACGAAGUUUCACCAGCAGCUGUGGACAUGUUUUAAUUCCCAGUCCUGGACCGACAAAGAAUUGGUCAUCAUCGACUCUGCGCAGGGCAGUCCGUCCUCUUUCUUUUCAAGAAUAUGUCGCCAGUUUGAGAACGUUGUUUACGUUGGGCUUGAUGGCGACUUCAGCAUUGGUUGCAAACGAAAUCUGGGUGCCUACCUUGCAUCAGGUGAUGUGAUUGUACACUUUGAUGACGAUGAUGUCUACGGCCCAUCCUACAUUGCAAGCAUGGUGGCUGAACUGGAUCGUCGAAAUUUGGUCGCGUUGACAUUAAGCGCUUGGUAUGAUUUUGAUCUUCGCCUCGGACGAUGUGGAUUUGUUGAUCCUGAGGCCCUUCAUGAUGUGGAUCUCGUUGCUGCGAAAACAAGGCAUCCGAAGAUAAGGCAAUUUCGUGAUAGCGGAGUGGAAGCAGCCAUCUAUGGCUAUGGAUUUUCAUAUGUGUAUCUUCGCCGCGUGGCCAUGUUCUAUCCAUUCACAGACACGAAUAUGUGCGAGGAUGUAGACUUUUUCCUGCGCCUCAAGGAGGUCUAUGACUAUCAAGUUGGGCUAAAGCGCGACCAGGAGGGACUCUGUCUUCACAUCAUGCAUGGUGACAACACAGCAGACUCCAUGUUGCAUCGUGAAGUGCAUGAAAUUGCUAAACUCCACGUUUGCGAGUUAAACUUGCCCUUCUUGGCAAAGAUGGAGGGAGAAACUGCAUCCAAGUUGACGGGCGAGGAGCACCACGUGCGGCUAUCGAGUACAACAGGUCGGUUCUUUGUGAAAGCAGACAGCGAGCAGCGGAUGCGCGCCUUCCAAGCUGUCAUCCAGGACGAGGUGAGUUUUGCAGCACAAUGCCUGGAACGUGGAGUAUCCCUGGACGAAAUAAACAAACAUAACUGCACAUGGUAAUCUUGAAAAAAAA